GGUUUCUUUUAUAGAGGGGGCAUAUAUGAAUUAGAUUGCGUCGAGGAAACUUGACGUUGCAGCUUGAUUGCAGCCUCUGAGGCUCUGAGGAAAAGACGACAGCGGUAGCAGACGGCAAUGAAGUGUGCUGCCAUGUAGCGGCAAUUCCUCCGCUAGCAGACGACGCAGACCGCGCGGCGCGAGCUCGCGGCUCAGAGGGCAUCCACGCGGAGAAUCGUCUGCCAGUUAAUUUUGAUCACAUGUUUUCGGCAAACAUGGCUCUCGCCCAGUGGAUUCGUCGCCGGCCCAGGGAUUGUGUGUCGUUAACCGGCUUCGUCUUCUGCACUCUGUCCAUCCGCGGUGCUUUCUUCCCCAAAACACUGCCAGGGUUCCGCUGCGAUGACCCACACAUUCGGCACCCAUUCCGUGGUGACACUAUCUCCUUACCCCAACUGCUCAUCUCUGUCUCCGUCUUGCCUGCAAUAAUCCUUCUGUUUCUCGAGUACUCCGGGGAGCGUUGCCUUCGAGGAGCCCUCUGUCGCACCGUCUCUGCGAUGAGCGAAUACGUGGUGGGUGUUCUGCUGGUCGCCACGGCUACCGAAGUAAUGAAACUGUUCGUGAUGGAACUGCGGCCCCAUUUCCUCGCCUCUUGCCGUCCAGACUGGACACAUAUCAACUGCUCACAAGGCUUGGUGACGCAGUAUUCUUGUACCAAUACCAACGAUCCUGCAUCACGUAGGGUUGACAUCUACAAGUCCUUCCCGUCCGGGCACGCGUCGCUGUCCUUCUACUUCUUCGCAUUUUUAACUAUGUACAGCAAUAUCCGUUUUCAAGGCGAAGGGCGGUGGGGUCAUCGCCUUCGCCUACUUCAAGUGACGGCCGCCCUAGCGGCGGUCGCGUGCAGCGCGUCGCGCAUAUUGGAUAGACGGCACCACGUGCAAGAUGUCCUCUCAGGCGCCAUCUUGGGUCUGCUAGGCGGUAUAGUAACGAUCCGGUGGCUGGCAAAAGGUAUCCAGCAGACGCAAGAAUCGACCUCAAGUGUUGCUGUGAAACCCCGGUGAUACAGAAUCGUGCGCAGAGCGCUGAAUCUCCAAGUCACUCUAAGCCAUUCUCGUUGAUAAGGAGAUUGACACUCAUUGUGGCCCUGACAUGUGGGCUUCUUAUUGUACAGUUUUACUGUUACUCUUGCCUUGUGGCUGUGAGAUAUGUCAAGACAACAUAAUUUCGUGGAUCCUUUAUGAGUGAUGUGGUGUCUCCGUCCGACUUUACAAAUUCGUGGUACAAAGCAGCUAGCCGAAAAUAAACUAGCUGUUUCUAAGCA